AUGGAGUUUGAAAAUAUUUAUUUAACCCUGAGAAAGAGAGAAUAUUCUUGUCCAAUCAAUCCUUACAGACAGAACAUGAAAUUGUUAAAAUUUUUACUGUCAAAACAUGACAUCCAUGAAGAGGUUUUUUCAUCUGAAUGUACCAUUGAAUCUAAAUAUAAACUGUUCUAUGAUAAUUUAAUAGUAUUCAAUAAUAAACUGCAGAAGUAUAGUAACAUUUUUUCCAAGACCUGUAUGAAGGGAAUAAAAAUAAAAUUCAAAAGUAUCUCUUCUAGCAAAUAUGGAAAAAUUGAAGAUUGCCUAUUUUCUCAGUGUCCAGUUGAAGAUGUCAGCUAUCUAGAAUCUUUGGAACAACCUCAUUUUUAUGUCAUUUCUCAGAAUAACUGGUUUCUCAGAAUAAAUUGUCACACAUGCACUGUUGAUAAAGAACUUUACAUGACUGACUUGUGCAAGUUCAAACUUAUCAUGUGGGAUGUUCAAGAAGAGAGGCUUUAUCUUUCUGCUACUAUAUCAGAAGGUGGUAAAAAGACAUUUGUUUUUGCUCUGUUUUCAGUAUGGCCAUUGAGGUUCCAAGGUGUGUUUUCUCUUUCUUCCAAAUCAUUUGGUUUUGAUAUGAAAGAAGCACUACUGUCUGAAAACAUGCUAUUGGUUACAUCUUCAGAUGCAAUGGUCAGAAUUUUUGGACUUGAUUGCGAAUUUUAUUCAAAGCCUGUUAAUAAUUUGAAGUUUGAAAGUCUACCAGUAAUUCCAUCAAUUGAAAAUUACUGCAGAUUGCUGUUUGAAGUGCCUGCUCCAUGGGACUUCUUUACUGUAGGAGGUAUGCCAUGGCAUUACAUCGUAUUUUCCUCUUUUUCUCAGUCUCAGUUCAGUGUUCAGUGUUUAAGAACUAGGACAGUUGCCAAGGAUGGCAAAUUAAAUAUAAAAAAUGCGCUACUCGAUCCAGAUAAAUGUUUUUUUUAUCCAGAUUCUUCAGGGAAAAUCGUCAAAGUUAGCAACGAUUCUGUUGAACUUUACAACCUGAAAAGCGACGGUUACGACAAGUUUAACAACCCGACGUGUUCAGUAGAACUGUUAUACAUGCUGGACUACAGUGAGGAAAAGAGGCCCGUCGUAACACACACAUCUUCAGGUAGGGCGAUCAAGAAGAGAACAUUUCCAGGAGCCAUUAGCGAAAAUUUUCAUUCCAAAGUUCAACUAGUCAUUUGUGAAAUCGAUAUGGACAUUAUUGGAGUGGUUACUCUAUCUAGGUGCUCCUCUAAUGUAGCCGCCAUUACGUUUUAUGAAAUAGAUACUGGUAAUUAUAUCACUAAGUUGGAGUUUGCAGAGGCAUGGGACGUGAAUGCCGAACAUGACGUCAAAUUAGACUUGGAUAUCUUGUACCACUACAUUAAGACUAAUUCCAAACAUGUUUUAAUUGUCUACAGGUUGAUGUCAAAGUCUUAG